GACGGUUGUCGUCGUGGUCAUUGUCGUCGUUCUAUGCUUAUGGUGAGGCGCUAUAUUGGGUGCUAAUUAGCCGGUUACUUAGCAGUAGAAUAGCCGAUUAUAAGGCGGUGUGUCGCGUGAGGAGGGUCGUCAAUGAAAAGCGGUAGAAUGUCACUGCAAAAUCCGUGGGCCGGGUGAGGGUCUAAGUGGAAAAGUGGUGAUGUGACCCUAGUUGUGUCAAAAGCGCACUUUUUUGUUGUGUAUUUCAGACGAGUACAGUUCGAAUCGCCCUGUUAGCAUCGGCUAGAAAGGUGUGAAGCUAGAAGUCAGAAAGCCCUCUUAAUGAUUCUUUGCGCUGGAAUAAUUUCACAAAUGGUUCGUUCGGGCGAAGAGCGCAAAAACCUGUGCUGGCGUUGGAAGGUUGGAUCAGUGUUUUACGUACGGAUCUGUCGCUCCGCCAAUUGCUGUAGCCUAAUGAAUAAGUAAAUGAGUCUGUCGGAUGUCGGCUUCCGUAUACUUUGGCGAGAAACGGACCGGUUCCAAUGCUUUCGGUGAAAUCUUGUGUAAUUCAUUGGGUGACUAGCAGGUACGAGCCAUUCCCAUUCUUGUUUCCGAUUGUGCUUCUUCCCCCGUAGUUAUGCUGUAAUGGCUGAAUAUACAUCAGAGUGAAUCCGAUUCCGAAGGUGUUUCCUUUCGGUGCUGGGGCUGGCGAACACUACACACGUGUUAAAUAAAGGAUGAGUUUGUGAAAAAUUGGACCCAAAUUACGAUCCGUUCCGGGAGGGCUCGCCCCGAUCCCAUAAACAUAACAACGUAUGUUAGGCAAAGAUUUGUUGUUCCCACAUGAGUGAUUUAAGGAAUUCUAAGAAACCUUUUCUGCUCGGUUGUUGCUGGGAAGGUAAUUCCGAAUAAUACAUUAGCCAGGACGGUGCCACGUGCUGCCAGGAUUUACACACGGUGUGGCGGAAGUUUUAUAUUUCGCUAGAGCACACGGUUGCUGGAAAAUAUGAAAACAGUUAUGAUCGUGAAAAAUAACAACAAUCCGUGAAGCAAACUUGAAGUUUAUAAUUUCUGGUUUGCGCCAUUCAGUUUCGGGUGCAGCACGGAAGAGCAGCAGCAGAAAAUUGUGCAGUGUUGAUGUGUUUAGCACGCGGGUGCAGACAGCGUGGCAGAAAGUGGAAGCCAUUAAUUAAAAAAGUUUUAUUAAACGAUCCGACCGAGCAGUUAUUAAUGAUUUUCAAAGUUCUCGCUGACAAACCAAGCCAGGAUAUGGGAGAAAAUUGUUCGCGUGAAUAAAUGAAGUGUUUGGGGAUGUUAUUGCACUGAACGUGUGUGCUACGAUAUAGAACGUGUUGUUACUGUGAUGUUCGUUCACGUGCGAUAGGAUAAUUUUGGUGGAUGAAUUUUUCGCUUUUAAACUCAGUGACAUCGUUGUAUUGGUGCGUCAACAUAGUGAAGCAUUGAAGGUGGAGUGCUCUUCGAAGGACGUACAAAGGAAGGAUUUCCCCGGAGUCGACCCGGAGUUGUUGUGUUUGUGCAUGUGCAAUCGACAGUGAAGCUUUCUCGAUUCGAUGGUUUGGUGUCUCGGUAUAAUGGUGUUCCGGGUAUUGCUGCUGCUUGCGGUGGCAGUACGAACACGGCACGGUGGCGCCGAAGGGUGGAAGCUGGAUAAUAGAAAUAUUUUGUACACCAAUCAGGAUACUUCCUACGAGUGUCCCGUCAAUACGAUGUGUCGGUGUGCCAGUUUGCCGAACGAAACGGCCCUGCUGGAAAUCAACUGCAACGAGGUGUCGCUGUACAAGUUUCCAGAAUUUCUUAACGGCACGAUAAAACACAUCGACAUGUCCCGUACGUUCAUCCAUAAUGUCGACGAUGAGACAUUUCAAGGACUGCGGCUGGAGUCGUUAAAGCUGGUGGAUAAUAAAAUUCAGGAUAUAUCCGAGAGAAGCUUCAACUUCAUGCAGCACUCGCUAGUAUCGUUGGAUAUAUCGGACAAUCAGCUGCAAGGACUUCCACUGGAUUCGCUCAAAAAUGUCCACACGUUAAGCCGAUUAGUGGCUCAGAGAAACAACAUCCAUCAUCUGGACGGCAACUGGGGCGGCCUGGCGGAUUCGCUGCGCAGUUUACACAUCUCCGGCAAUUCCAUCUCGGAGGUGUCCUUUUUCUCGCACGAGGACAGACGGCCGAACCACACGAUGCCAACGUUUCAAGCGUCCUCUUCAAUCAUCAGCGCCAAGCAGCAUCAACCGGUGCAACCACAGCCGCAGAACAAACCCUUCGCAAAGCUGAAAAAACUGGUCUGGCUUGAUAUUAGCUCGAACCGAAUUGCGCACAUAAGUCCGAAUACCUUCCCGCGGUCGCUAGUGACCAUCGAUCUGUCCAAGAACAUCCUCAGCCAGUUUCCAGCCGCGGUGCUAGAGCAUCUGCACGACCUGCGAAUUCUUUCGCUGAAGGAUAAUCUCAUUUCGAAACUGGUGGGAGUCGAGCUUGGGGCGGUGAAGAUUAAAUUUGAAAAGUUAGAUCUCAGCAUUAAUAUGAUCGAUGAAUUGCCUUCGGGGCUGUUUAAUGGGACCGUUCGGGUGAAGGCGAUUAAUUUUGAUAAAAAUUUUAUUCGCGCAAUUCCGGCGGAGGCUUUUCGUGACUUGGGUGUUGUACAUAUGGUGCUGGCAUUUAAUUUUAUCGAGACGAUUGAUGAUGAAGCAUUUGCCACGUUGGAAAAUAGCCUGGAAUAUUUGGAUUUGGAGCGAAACCAACUGCUGGUGAUGCCGAGUGCGAUUGAUACCUUGAACCGACUGCGAUAUUUGUACCUAACCUCUAAUGAACUGACGAUGGUUGGCAAGCUUCCGGCGACGCUGAAGGUACUUUCGCUGAGCGGUAAUAAUUUUACCGCAAUUCCGGUGGAUGGAUUGGUAAACUGCUCCGAGCUGUCGUACCUGAAUAUGGGCUACAAUAAAAUAGCGGAAAUCGAGGAGAACGGUUUUGUUGGUUGGGGUUCCAAUCUGCAAACUUUGCUGCUGAGGAACAAUAAAAUUACCAGCCUCAAUUAUGGUGCAUUCAACGGACUGGAAACGAUAAAGGAAAUAAGCCUGAGCUUUAACGAUAUUCACUACGUGCAUCCGAACGUAUUUGAUAACAUUUCCGGUACAUUGAAAAUUUUAGAACUAUCGUUUGGAAUCUACCGGGAGGAAUAUCCGAUGGACGCGUUAAGUGUGCUCACGGAGUUAAUGUGGCUUGGGCUGGAUAAUAAUAAUCUGAAGCUCAUACCUGAUGAGGCUCUUUCAUCACUCGGUCAACUGACGUACGUCAAUUUUGCAUUCAACCGAAUCACCAGGCUGCCACGAACAGUGUUCCGUGCGGACAUACACAAAAAUCUCGUCGAAAUUGAUUUAUCAUUCAACCUGAUCGAAACAUUGCACACCAACACGUUCGACAAUUUGGAGCUGAUUCAAAUCAUAAAUUUGUCCUCGAAUAAAAUAAAAACCAUCGAGAAAAACAGUUUUUAUGAUUUGCCCUACCUAACGUACGUGGAUCUGUCAUUCAAUGGUGUGCAAAAUGUGAGUGAAUGUGCGUUCAGCUUUCUGCCGGCUCUGCUCAGCGUUGACCUUAUGUACAACGAAUUGGGGUCAUUUUCGCUGAAAAUGUUCAAGCACGUUUCGAAUGCUACCACCCCCAUGAGGCUAAAUAUUAGCAACAAUGCAAUCGAUAAUUUCGAUGGCGACGUCAAUUCACUGCUGUACGUCUAUUCACUGGAUGCUAGCCAUAAUAUGCUGCACGACACGGGGGCCUUCCGUGCGCUAGCCUAUUCCCUUCGCAUUCUCUACCUGAACUGGAACAAUUUUAGCACGCUCGGCAAUCACGCCUUCGGCGAUUUACAGAUACUGGAAAUUCUCAAUCUCGCCAACAACAAUAUAUCGUCACUACGGCGACGCAGCUUUGCCGGGUUGGUGAACCUGCAGGAAUUUGAUUUAAGCGAUAAUAAGAUUGAGGUCCUGCAGAUAGAGCAAUUUUCGCCACUGAAAAAGCUUCGAUUGCUGAAGUUAAGCAAUAAUCGGCUACGAGCGGUACCCCGGGAUGCGUUCCUCAACACACGAAUCGAGUAUCUGGAUUUAUCAAACAAUCUAUUCAGCGCUUGGCAAGCCACGGCUUUUGCAGAUAUUGGGUUUACACUGCGAUCCAUACAGUUUAGUAAUAAUCAGCUGGAGUUUCUCGAUUCCUACAUGUUCACCAGUACUCAGUUCUUGCUCGAGCUCAAUCUCUCCAACAAUCAAAUAAAGCUAAUCCCGGAGAGCACCUUCGCUAACCUUCACAAUCUAACCAUUUUGGAUCUAAGCUGGAAUCCGUUCAUAACCAUCAACUUCAAGGAACUCUUUUACAGUGUCCCUCGUUUACGAGUUCUGAAUUUACAGCAAACGGGCCUUUACCGGCUUCCAUCACUAAUUCUACCACAGUUGGUUUCUCUUGACAUCAGCCAUAAUCAUGUACAGGACAUAGACACGCUUGAGGAGCUCUACCACCUGCGGGAAUUUUACGCAGACAACAAUAAAAUCAACAACCUUACCAACCUACUGCGAAAUCUGCCGCAGUCACUACGAGUGCUGGACAUCUCCCGCAAUCCGAUCCGCAAAAUCUCGUUACAUGACUUUGGUCAAACGCGACGCCUCGAAGAGCUGUACAUCGAAGACGUCAAGAUCUCCAACUCGGAUAUCUUCAUCAAACUACACAACUUGAAAAAGCUGCGCAUCAAUUCGCAGCACAACUUCUCCGAACUGGUCUCCAAGCUGCGGGGACUCCAGGAGUUGUACGUCAACGUGUUCGAGGACCACAUCGACGACGAUGUUUUCACGGCCAAAAUGCACACCCUAACGAAGCUGAAUCUGGUGGAAAUCACCGGACGGCGAUUGGUGUCCAUCCAUCACAAGGCCUUCGUCGGGUUGGCCCGUAAUCACGACCUGAAGCUGCGGAUACGAAAUACUCUGGUGAACGACCUGCCGCCGGGGAUAUUCUACGCGCUUAAGUACAUCCCGAAGCUCAGCAUCGAUCUGUCGGAUAACAUGCUGGUGGCGCUGGCGCCCGACAGCUUCUAUCCGAACGCCAGCUCGUGGGACGCGGUGGGGACACGCAGCGUGACCGCUGGCCUGGACGUCUCCAACAAUCCGCUGCAGUGCGACUGCGGUCUGGUCUGGCUAGGCCACUGGCUGAGGCGGUGGCUGCGGGAGACCGCUCAGGUUAACCUGAUACCGAAGGAGGAGAUGCGGCAGAUGAUGCGGCGAGCCAAGCGGAGUACCUGCACGGAUCCGCUAACAAAGCGACGGUUACCGUUUCUGGAAAUGUUCCCGGAGGAUUUGUUGUGCCACGCGAGCGCUCUCAGCAGUCUGGCGCUGAAAUUACGCUUCCGGUUUCUGGUCAUCUGCCUGAACGUGCUGCUGAUAGCGGUGCAUAAAUCUAGGAUCUUGAUAUUUUAAUGUUCGCCUCCCACCAAACCGGUCCCGGUGCAGCCGGCAGCCACCCCCCAGCAGGGUAACAAUAACACCUGCCCGCUGCUGCACCGACGGAUACACUGAACGCUGAUAAUGUUCCGAUUCACCAGGAGGAAUUUACUUAUCUCAGUAUUGAGACAGUAGCAUACUGGACGCUCCAGACGGUAAGGACGAGUAGUUUGUAAGCGAUUAACUCUUUUUAGCGUAUAGAAUAUUGACAACCCGUUGUACAUAAUAGUGAGUCUAAUUUUUUAUAAGUACAAGGUCCAAAUUAGUGUUAACUUUAAUGGUGCGCUAAACAUGCUAAACCGGGUUCGGAAGGUUCGGAUCGCUCCGAAGCGCUUGGUUAGGACGGAUGUAUGAUUGUAUCAGCUGCCGAUGCCGGUAUUUAGCAAAACAAAAAAAAAUGUAUUAAAGCCAAUGCAUGUGAGUUACAAAAGUGAUUUGUUUCCCAUAAUGAAGAACAAUGCUCCUCAAAUGUGAUAUAAAUUUGCUAUAAAACAAAGCGAGAAAAAAAAACAAAGAAAAACUCAUUCAACAGAAUAAAAUAAUAAGUAAGACGAGAAGAGUAUAAAAAUGAUUGUUGAUUUUACCAUUUAUUUAUUAAUUUAUGAUUUCCUGUGCAUCUGAGCACAUGGAUAUUUUCUCAAUCCGCCUGAAAAAGAAAAUAAGCACAAUGAAUCCGCCAACAUAACACAGUAUACCUACAAUGCUUCCAGAAUCACACCAAAAAAGAAACGCGUCACCGGUUUUGCAUUGGAAAAUACUCAUAACACUGAUUCACUUUUACUUUUACUGAACUCUUCAUUUCCACCAGCAACGAAUGUUGGACUGGAGUAUUUAUUUUCACGAUCAAUAUUCGACGAUGCGGUUGGCAUAGCGAGCAAACAGAUUCGCUUAAAAUUAUGAAAUCUGAACCUUAUUUUGCACCACCAUCGUUGAGUUCCGGGAAUAAUUAUUUGACAUAAAACAAAAUUGGUAUCAAUUACUCUCAAUUCUGUGAAAAUAUGGAAUUGUAAACGUUAAAGCCUUGUUUCUCUAAAAUUAUAAUUUUUAUUAGGCAGCAGCUUUAUCUGACAAAUAAAACUCCCCGGCAAUGGCACCCAUAAAGAGAAAAAAAAAAGGAUUGGCUGAUGAAAAUCGAGCACAACAUGCAAAUAUUUAAUCUGUUGCCAGCCCGUGCAUCCCUCGGGCCAUAAACCCCAUUUAAUAUUUUAAUUGUACUCAUAUUUUAAUCCUCUACCCUCUAUCGAAUUCAUCAGCUUCGGGUGACCGGAAUGGAUUUUAUUUAUAGGCAGAUAUUUUUCACAUGUUGAAUCGAUUUUGGAACCGAGCGAGAAUAAAAAGGAGGAGAAAAAAAAACACAUUUAUUCAAACGAACAGCCAAUAUACUUUCAUCGCAGAUCUGUUUGUGCGACAUCGGAAAAUGAACGGCAAUUCUCGUCAAUGUGUUGAAAUUGUUUUUUUUUUUUUGCUGGACAGGAAUUAAUUAAUUCAAUCACGAGCGCCUAACAGAGGUUUGGGUGGUAUUGACUUUUAAUUUUUUGUUUUUCAUAUGUUACUAGAAUGUAUGUGUGCAUAAAGUAUGUUUGUGGAAAAGCUCGGCCUGGUUGAAACAAUGAGCCUGUUGUUGGAUUUACAAUUGUUUAAAAUUUGCGAUUUAUUAACAUUAUUUGCGUUACAUCUGCUGCCUGGAGAAUCAGUGUAAUAAUUGUUAAUUAUAACAACAAUUAAAU